AAGUGGCAACAGGUGCAGCGCAGUCCAGGGCGGACACCGGGGGCACGAGGUGCGUCCGCAUUUAGCCUGGGAGCGCUCGGGGCCUCGGGAUUGGGACCUGGGAGCGCCAGCAGGGAGCCAGCGGACGAGCUGAGCGCCGCGUGAGCCUCCGGAACUGGCGCGCCAAGUAAGAGUUGUGCUGAGCGGAAGGGCAGGCCUGGCCAGUCUCCCGUUGUGUGCACACGGCCAGAAGAAGAGCAAAAACGGGGAACAAAACCGACUGGGAACAACACAUCCAUCCGUCUUCCAGGCCCUUGAAGGUUCCUUGAAGAUGGGGCUGUCUUCUGUCUGUAGCAGAAAAGCUGGCACAUAGGAACAAGUCAUUUCAACUUCAGAGCACCUUAUGUUAAGAAACUUUCAACUGUGCUGAAAAACUUAGGAGACAGUUUUAUCCUUCCCUCUCACUUGAAAGGAUUUAAGGAAGAAAUAAAAUGGCAGAGGUUUAAAGUUAAUAUUCAGGAUGAAUGAUGAUAAUUCAGAUGACAAGACAGAAGAUAAAGUGCAAUCCUUAUUUAUCAGUGAUAAAAAUGGAAACACACAUGCAUACAACAAAAAAUCACCACCUACACAAAACUCUUCAACUGACAAUGUGAAUUGGAAUCCUGCCAACCCAGAAGACGACAUGGUGGUUGAUUAUGAAACCAACUCUGCUGUGGACAUUGUUGAAAAUAUUUCUUUGAACCCUGAGUAUGUGGAAGCACAUGAUCACCAAAAGUCUUCAAGUGAUUUCAUUAGUAAAGAGGUAUUACAUAUGCAAGAUUCCACAUGUCAGUCUUCUGCACAAGAUGUAAAUACAGAGGAGCCCAAGUACCUGCAUUACAAUUAUCAUUCCCUAGAAUCAUUUCAGGACCAGACUGUUGAGACAUCUCUGCCUUCUGUGUGGAAAUCUAACGAUGAUGAUUUGAACUGUACAGACUACCCAGCUGCCUUGGAGCUAAACCAAACAUUUGACCUGAAGGUGGAUAAUGGUAACUGCACCUUUAUAAUACAUGAUGCCAUUGGAAAAAGUCCGUCUUUGCAUACCACUGAAACUCUGCAGACUACUGGCACGAAAAGUGGUAAUAAAUCUCUAUCCUGUUCCAUUCCUCCAUCUGGCCAUUCUGAUAAGAUACAGGUGAGAGGAAUGAGUUAUGACAGAGUUAGUUUUGAAGACCCUCAAGCUACAGGAUCAGAGGCCCAAGACACAAUGUACACAGUAUUUUCUGAUGUGGUGAUGCAAAGUGAUGUUUCUGUUCCAGAUAUUGGAAAUCAGUGGCAAUAUUCUUCAGGAAAUGUCAACAGUGAGUACACAGAUGGGCCACAGCAAAGACUAGUUGGAGAAAAAGAGAUACAAGCUCCAACACCUGUUUCUGAUGGCAUGGACGUUCCCAAUGGGUCUGGGUUACAAGAGUUCUUUUGUUUGUGUAAAGAUGAACCAAAUAAUGAGACACAUUCAGAGAGCUCAUACAGGCAAAAGGAAAUGGGCCAAAAUCUAAGCGAAACAGUCUCUGAUUGUCUUAUAGAUGAUGAAUGCCCUUUACUGGUGCCGGCUUUUGAUAAAAGUAAUGCCCAAGUGCUGAAUCCAGAACGUGCAGUCACUGUGGCUGAAGACACACAAAUCGCCUCCAAUGAAAAAGAUUUGGGAACCCCAACUUGUACCAUAGAAUUGAUAGCAAGUAGCCCACUAGGACAGAAAGUGGCUUCAUCAUUUGAACUGACUUGGGAAGCAAAUGACAUGGUCAUUAGCACAGAUAAUGCAAUUUGCAUGUCAGUGCCAGUCCUAAAACCCAUGAAUGCAACCUUUUCUAUUUCACCUAUUGAAGUGACAGAGAAAUGUAGUAAAGUGGAGAAGAGUAAUCGAGAGCUAAGAAAUUUACCAAACUUGAAGGGGCCACCUAUGAACAUAUCUAAUAAACCUAAUCUAGGAAAAUCAACAACCAAGACGAGUACCCCUGUAGGCAGCAAAGUUAGAAAAACCGAAAUUAUAAGUUACCCAAGACCAAACUUCAAGAAUGUCAAGGCAAAAGUUAUGUCUAGACCAGCAUUGCAGUCCAAAGACCCAGCUUUAUCAAAGGUCACACCCAGACCUCCUCCGGUGAUCAGUGCCUCAUCAUCCUCAUCGGUGUCUUCCUCAAGACAGUUGACAAUUUUGAACAAAACACCACGGUCUGACUUGAAUGCAGACGCAAAAGCAGAAAUCCUAAUUAACAAGACACAUAAGCAGCAAUUUAAUAAACUCAUUACUAGCCAGGCUGUGCAUGUUGCAACUCAUUCUAAAAAUGCUUCCCACAAGGUUCCAAGAACAACAUCUGCCGUGAAAUCAAAUCAGGAAGAUGUUGACAGAGCAAGUUCCUCUAAUUCAGCGUGCAAGACUGGGUCCGUGGCGACGUUUUUUCAGAAGAUCAAAGGCAUAUUCCCUGUCAAAAUGGAAAGCACAAAAUGUUUGGAAAUGACAUGUGCUUCCAGCCAUGAUAGGAUUAGCCCUGAAAAGAAGGGUGAAAAUGAAAAUGGGAUGCCUAUGGAAAAACAAGAGCUGAAAAAGGAUCUUAUGGAUGAGACCUUUGAAUAUGGUUCUCUGUUUCUGGGUUCUGCUUCAAAAACUUCAACCCCCUCCGGCAGGAAUGUACCCAAGCCUGGCUCCUCCAGUUUGAGGAAGACGCCAGGUCCAAAAGCUAAAGUGGGGCCUUCUGUUUCCUGUUUGAGGCGGAAUAUUGACAGCAGAAAUCUCAAUUCUGAUCGAGCUUUAUCUUCUCAGAGGAUCAGGCGUGUGUCCAAUUCUGGAAAAUCUACAUCUUUGAAAACUUCACAGCCCUCUUGGGUGACUUUGCCUAGAUCCAAAGCGUCCUUGAAAACAUCUACGCUGCGAAGGACAGGAAGCACCUCCUCUGUUGCCAGCACCCACAGUGACCUGAGCACUUACAGCAACAAUUCUGGUAAUACUGCUGUCAUCAAAUACGAGGAAAGCCCUCCAAAGCCAGCAUUUCAAAAUGGUUCAUCAGGAUCGCUAUAUUUGAAGCCUUUGGCACCCAGAGCUCAUCAUGCACACUUACUGAAAACUGCUCCAAAAGGCUCUUCAAGAAAAAAUCUAUUUACAGCUUCUAAUGCGGUUGAAAAGGGCAGGCAGAAGAAUCCCAGAAGUUUAUGUAUCCAGACACAGACAUCUCCAGAUGUGCUGUCCUCUGAAAAAACACUUGAGUUGGCUCAAUGUAAAGCAAAAUGUGAAAACCAAAGUGGAUUUAUCCUGCAGCUCAAGCAGCGUCUUUCCCGUGGUAAUACCACAUUUGAAGCGUUAACAGUUGUCAUUCAGCACCUACUGUCUGAGCAGGAGGAAGCACUGAAACAACACAAAACCCUAUCUCAAGAACUUGUUAACCUCCGGGGAGAGCUAGUCACUGCUUCAACCACCUGUGAGAAGUUAGAAAAAGCCAGGAAUGAGUUGCAAGUAGCUUAUGAAGGGUUUGUCCAGAAGCUGAAUCAGCAGCACCAGACUGACCUAACAGAGCUAGAGAAUCGGCUGAAAGAAUUUUACACCGGGGAGUGUGAAAAGUUUCAGAACAUUUACAUUGAAGAAGCAGAGAAGUAUAAAACACAAUUGCAGGAGCAGUUUGACAACUUAAAUGCUGCCCAUGAAACAUCUAAAUUGGAAAUUGAAGCUAGCCACUCAGAGAAAGUAGAAUUGCUAAAGGCGGCCUAUGAAACCUCCCUUUCAGAAAUCAAGAAAAGCCAUGAAUUAGAAAAGAAAUCACUUGAGGAUUUGCUUUAUGAAAAGCAGGAAUCCCUAGAGAAACAAAUCAGUGAUCUGAAGAGUGAAAACGAGGCUUUAAAUGAAAAGUUGAAAUCUGAAGAACAAAAAAGACUAUCAAGAGAGAAAGCAAAUUUAAAAAACCCUCAUAUCAUGUAUCUGGAGCAAGAGUUAGAAAGCCUGAAAGCUGUUUUGGAGAUCAAGAAUGAGAAGCUGCACCAACAGGACGUCAAGUUAAUGAAAAUGGAGAAACUGGUGGACAACAACACAGCAUUGGUGGACAAACUGAAGCGAUUCCAGCAGGAGAAUGAGGAAUUAAAAGCUCGAAUGGACAAGCACAUGGCAAUUUCAAGGCAACUUUCCAGCGAGCAGGCUGUUCUGCAGGAGUCCCUGGAGAAGGAGUCAAAAGUCAACAAGCGACUCUCCAUGGAAAACGAGGAACUGCUGUGGAAGCUGAACAACGGGGACUUGUGCAGCCCCAAGAGGUCUCCCGCGUCUUCCGCCAUCCCCUUCCCAUCACCCAGGAAUUCCGGCUCCUUCCCCAGCCCCAGCGUCUCACCCAGAUGACGCUUUCUGAAAGUGGGGAGACUGUCGGGAAGCGUUUUUUACAGGUCUGCAGGAUUGACCCUACCUGUGGUCAUGGGAGCAAGAGCUAUGUUAGCUGAUGUGUCAUUACCACACUAGAACUGGAAAGUCACCCCCCCCCACCCCACCCCAGGAUCGGUUCCGUAAGAGACUGGAACUCUAGAGGAAGGCUUGACUUGGUCCCAGAGGCUCCUCCCCACAUGGUCUGUGCGGACACUGUUGCACAAAGCACUUAAAGAAUGAGAAGGUGAAGGUCUUGUUCAUUGCCUUUUUCACGUAAGCAUAUGGGGAAAAACUCUCAGGGUUCUCUUAAGAUAAAAGAUUUAUAACCUUUAUAACGUUCUUUACCACAGACACCUUCUUGUGAUGUUUAUUUUGGGGACGUGUGAAUGAAAUGGAUGGAAUGGAGUGUCCUGUGUCUGAUGCUGCCUCCUUUGCUGUGUAUUGAAAGUCAAAAGCUGACUAUAUCUGGAUAAUGUACUAGUCAAAUAAGUCAGUGUAUGCAUUUCUGCAACAAGCCAUAGAAGAAAAAGCAAUAGUUGCUUGAAUUGUGAUUCUCUACCACCCACUCCACUUAGCCCUUUGACACGGGGGAAAGGGACAUGACAGGAAAAGCUCUGACGUGUCCAUGUCUGUGCAGUCGUUCAGUGUCCAGCCAUGUCAGUAGAAACUAGCCAGAUUUAUUUUCUGUAGAAUUGUAACUUUCCCACGUGAACCUAACAUUUUCCUACAAUCCAUUUUCUCAGGCUAUGAGCAAAUGUAAAACCCUAAUUUUUCUAAAAAUCUGUAUGAAGAAAAAGGGCAGCACCCAUGGAUUAUGUCUGCCUCACUUUUACCUUGAUCUAAGCUAUCCUCACAGACUUAAACUGUCUUCUCGCAUUAUCCUGAUUUCCUCCCUUUCCUUCCUCCCCCAGCCAGAGCCACAAAAGCAAACCUUCUACCUCCUACCUAUGUUUCUCUAGGGCAAGGAUAAUGGAAUACGCUUUUCCAGAGCCAGCUCAUCUUCAAGGUGCUGAAACCACUUUCCAAAAAAAACCAUGGCCUGGAUCUGAUAGUACCAAUUUUUGGAAACCCUAGAGGGAAUAAAGAAUAAGAGUCAUUGGCUAGUAGAACUAAGAAAGGUAGGAUUCAGUGCUUUUUGAUGACUAGAGUACCUUGAUUAAACCAGUGAUGCAGUAUUUAAUAGAAGUAAACAGUCUGGGAAGGUCAUGCUGAGUUUCCAUGUACCCUUUGAGGAAUCCUCCUGUCCUUGGGAAGGUAGAUGAGUGGAAAAUGUGGCUUCCACAACUCACCUCCAAGUCACAUUUCAGUUUCUUUUCGAAACUUUGCUUAUCUCCUCUCCCUAUUCUAAUACUUCGGGGACGUGGAAGAACUGUGGCUUUUUCUCCCUCUCCCUGCAUGUGUUAACAUUGUGAUGUCAGUAUUUACUAAUCUGUGUUGCUGAUGGCUGUACAAAUAACCCCUGUAGUAAGAGCAGAUUCAGGAUACUAGAGGUGGAUAUUUGAUUCAUCAUUUACAUGUACACUACAUAGCAAAUUGAUAGUCAUGAUGCAUGUUUUUUUUAUUAUUAGCAGUUGUGUCUGAAGUCUAAACUUCAAUAGUUUAUUAUGUAUGUAACCUUCCUUGUUUGCUUCUGAUAAAUGGUAAUGUCAGUUCACUGCCACCUCCUGGAGUAUCUCUCUGCUUCCCCUUUCAAGUUGUUCUCAAUGUCAUUAGCCAAAGUUGGGUUUGCCACCCAUCCCCUCGAAUGGCAAAUCUUGUGCUGUUCCCUGCUCUCCUCUGUACUAUUUAGCUGUCUGGGGAAAUCAAUCUUACACAAUUAGUAUAAAAUGUCUUCAGAGAAUGCCAGACAACUGGAGAGAAGACAGGAAACAAAACAGAGAACUUUAAGAUUUUUUUCAAACCAAAUGUUUCAUGUAGGAUGCAAAAUGUUGGCACGUCAUAAAAAUAUGGAUGUGUAAACAGCUGUAGUUGUGCUCAGUUUGUAGUGAUGGAAAGUGUAUUUUUACUUUGAUCAAAUAAAUAAUGCUGGAAUAUUCAA